ACAUUCUAAAUGCUGGGUUGAAAUCUCAAACAUCAAAACUCGUUGAGCGAAAACGAUUUCCAUUCUGAAAAGGCAGGGUCCUCAUAUAGUGAUUGCCAUCGAACGGUGAGCUGGUCAUCAUAAAUUACGUUUUGACGAACUGAACUAGCACUCAUCGAGAGCUUGUCUCUUUACGGAGUCAAAAUCAAGAGUUAAAGGCAGCGGGAGACCAUGGACGUGGCCCGGAUGUUACUGUGCCUGUUCUCGGUGCUGGUGUCUGAGAAGUUCCUGGUGGCUGCGUUCUCCCAGAGCCUGGUCAGCGACUUCACAUUCACACUCCCCGCAGGGCGGAAGGAGUGCUUCUUCCAGACCAUGAAGAAGGACGCGUCGCUAGAGAUAGAAUAUCAGGUGUUGGACGGAGCAGGUCUGGAUGUUGACUUCUCCCUGUCGUCUCCUACUGGAAACGUUCUGUACAGCGAACACCGCAAAUCAGACGGAGUAUACACUGUAGAGACGGAGGAUGGAGACUACAUGUUUUGUUUUGACAACUCGUUUUCUGCUGUGUCGGAAAAGAUCAUCUUCUUCGAGCUUCUCAUGGACAACAUGGAACAGGAAGGGGAGGAGCCAGAGGACUGGAAGGAGUACGUCCAUGGGACCGACAUGUUGGACAUGAAGCUGGAGGACAUCAUGGACACCAUCAACAGUGUUAAAGCCCGGCUGGGGAAGAGCCUUCAAAUACAGACUGUGCUCAAAGCGUUCGAGGCUCGCGAUCGCAACCUCCAGGAGUCCAACUACGACCGGGUCAACAUGUGGUCCAUGACCAACAUGCUGGUGAUGAUGCUGGUGACGGGAGUGCAGGUCUACCUCAUCCGUGCCCUGUUUGAGGACAAGAGACACGUGCGCACGUAACACCCCGCCCACUGGGAAGGGCCAGGGAGAGACGGACAGCUCUGUCUACACCUGCCAGCCAAUAGCGAGCAGGACUGUUGGUGAAGAUGAGAUUGUAACUCAUCAGAUUUUUAUGUACAACACUCACACUCACACACUCAUACGUUACAUCACACAUCCUUACAGACACAAAUGCCAUACCUGUCCAGUCUCUUCCUCUGCUCUGUUCUCCUCUGUCUAGCUGCUGUUGGUCAGAGGGUCUGUGUUGGUAUCUGCUCUAUCUAUCUAAUAAUCAGUGGCGGGUGAAACACCAGCCAGACCUUCAGUUAUUGGUGUUUAAAAGCGAGCGUAAAUGAACAAGUAUUUCUAAUUUAAUAUGUUAAUGUGACCUCUAAACUUUUUCUUCCAGACACUGAGGUGUGUGACGGUCCUGUCUCUGUGUCACGUCUUUCGAGGUCUUCCAGUAUGUGACCUGUGAGUCAUGUUGUGAAACACUUUAUUGUAGAGUAGGUUAUUGAUACGGCCUUUCACCCUCUCACUCUCUUUCAAAAACACACUCAUUCUCACACACACACAAUCUCUUACUCACACACGCUCAAACCCACACACUUCUUCAUUGAAACCGCUGCUGUCUGCCAGUUCCAGCGAAUGGAGAAGUGGAGUAGGGGAAAGGGAAUGGUUCCAUAUGUAACUCUCUAAAUCACGGCUGUUCUCUUCUACUCCCUCCAUUUCAUCCUCCUAUAACUCUGUCCUGAUGGUCUGUCAGACUUAGUGCUGACAGGAGAGUCGGGUUUCAGUCAUACAGGCAGAAGCGAAAUGGAACCUGCCCUGCCCCUUUCGCUUUCUUUUUCUCUUGUGACAGAAAUAGAAUGCUAUCUAACACACAGCUGUGUCAUCACAGCAAUCACACGCUGCACCUGGGGGGUAAAAGAGGCAGGGAAGGUUGUGGGAAAAGGGUUGCGGGUGACUGAAGGAGGUGGGAGUGGUUGGGAAAUCAACUAAUUGACUGUUAUUUGGCUUUAUUUUAUUGUUUUGUAGCUCUGUUAUAUACGCACUUGGACAAACAUACAGAUGUGAUUGAUGCACUGAGAUAUGUGCCAACAUUUUGGAGCUGCUGACAAAUUUUUGUCUGAUUUCUCUCUCUAACUGCUAUGUCACAAUAGUUUUUCUAUAAAUACGCAAUGCGCUGCUGUGUUGAUGAGUAACACCCCACCGCCAUCUUGUGGCUGGACACCAAACUGCUCAUGCAAAACAACGUGACUUUUUUCACCUCUCGGACUGAAGGGUAUACUACAAAGCAUGCUCAAUGAAAUAGCCAGGUAACUUUGAUAAAUAAUCAGAUAGUUAUUGGUUUUCUGGUUAAUUUAAGAAUGCUAAACGUAUAUAUGCUUGAAAUGGGCAUAUCUAAAUGUCAGCUAGAUAAUUCAUUGAACCUGCUUUGUAGUAAACCCUUCUGGCUUUCAGCCUAUCCCUGCUUUGAGAUAUUAAAUAAGCAAUAAUACAGUGCAGCAGUAUCCACUCUUUCUCCACUUUUACAAUGGGAGAGUAACUUACUAUACAAUAACAAAGUGAUGUUCAAAGGGUCUUGCAUUGUGCCAUUAUGAGCCCCCUCCGUCUCAGUUACAGCUUCUCUAAGCCAAUUACAAUGGGUUGUAUUGCCACUGUCUGUCUCUACCCACCAUUUUGUGUCAAAGUAUUUUAGCUGAUGCUCAGGCAAGCAUCACCAUGGGAGAUUAAUCAAUCAAAUUAAUAUUUUUAAUUUAUAGAAUGUCAUUGAUGCUCUUCUCCAACCUUUUUUGUUCCUUUCUGCACAAGACAAUGAUGGCCUCUAAUGAACAAAAAACUCAAUGCUUUGAACCUACAGACAAGAUGUUUAGGAGAAGGUGUCUAUUUUACUAACCUUAUGAUGGAACGAGGAGAGUAUAUUUUAGCAAUAAGGCCUGAGGGGUUGUGGUAUAUGGCCAUUAUACCACGGCUAAGGGAUGUUCUUAAGCACGACGCAACACAGAGUGCCUGGAUACAGCCUUUAGCCGUGGUAUAUUGGCCAUUUACCACAAAUCCCUGAGGUGCCUUAUUAGAAAUUGGUUACCAACGUAGUAAUUAGACCAGUAAAAAUUAAGGUUUUGUCAUACCUGUGGUAUAUGGUCUGAUGUACCAUGGCUGUCAGCCAACAAGCAUUCAGGGCUUGGACCACCCAGUUUAUAAUCUGAGAUAUACAGACUAAUGUUCUGUAUAUGUAAAUGUGUCAAAUUAAAAAAGUAUACUUUUCUGAA